GGGAAAAUAAUAGUGUAGAGUAAAUAUGAUAAAACCUAAACAGUUUAUGCUUAUUAAUAUGAUUCCCUUGACAGAUACAGUUUCGGUGUGAUUUUAAAAUAUGGUCAUUUAUUAAACUAGCGAUUAAGUGGUAAUGCGCGACUUUGUCGCGUUUGUUCCCUUUGGCUUCCCGUACAAGCCGUCCCGUUUUUACACUGCACAGCGCACCGUACCCCCGGCUGGCCUCCACAUGGCAGAGCUCUUCUAUGUUGGCGUGGACGUGGGCACGGCCAGUGUGAGGGCCGCCCUGGUGACCCGAGAGGGCCAACUGAGAACCACCGCGGAGGAGCCCAUCGGCAUCUGGGAGCCGCGGCCGGAGCACUACGUCCAGUCCUCCGCCGAGAUUUGGCGGAAGUGCUGCACGGUGGUCAAGAAAGUUACCCAUGGUGUCCAGAGGAGCCAGGUCCGGGGGGUGGGCUUUGACGCCACCUGUUCUCUUGUGGUUCUGGACGAAGGUUUCCAGCCUGUGGCGGUCAAUGAGGAUGGUAACGCAGAGAGAAACGUGGUGAUGUGGAUGGACCAUCGAGCCGCAGAGCAGGCCGCCCGGAUCACGGCUGCCGGCCACCGGGUCCUGAGCAGGGUGGGGGGGGUCAUGUCGCCAGAAAUGCAACCCCCCAAGCUGCUCUGGUUGAAAGAGAACCUAAAGGAAAGCUGCUGGGACAAAGCCGGGCACUUUUUUGACCUCCCGGACUUCCUGUCGUGGAAGGCGACGGGCUCGUUGACGAGGUCUUUAUGUACUCUGGUGUGUAAAUGGACGUACUGCCCUCCAGAAGGAUGGGACGCCAGCUUUUGGACAAGCAUCGGACUGGAGGACCUUCUGGAGAACAACUUCUCUAAAAUGGGCAGCGAGACGUGUUCUCCGGGAAGCCCGCUGGGAGACGGACUGACCCAGGAGGCAGCGGCGGAUCUGGGAUUAAACCCGGGGACGGCGGUCGGCAGCUCUCUCAUCGACGCCCACGCCGGAGGCCUAGGUGUGAUUGGCGCCGACGUGAGAGGUUUUCAGCUGCCCUGCGAACACCGGCCCAUCACUUCACGCAUGGCGAUGAUCUGCGGGACGUCGUCCUGUCACAUGGCGAUCAGUGAGCAGCCUCUGUUCGUGCCAGGAGUGUGGGGACCCUACCCGUCUGCCAUGGUGCCUGGCCUGUGGCUCAACGAGGGGGGGCAGAGCGCCACGGGAAGGCUGAUCGAACACGUAGUGAAGGGUCACGCUGCCUUCGCCCGGCUCCAGGAACAGGCCCAGCCGAGGGGCCCCCCCCCCCCCCCCCCCAAAAUGACUCAAGUUCCCUUUACGGGCGAGAACAUCUACAGCUACCUGAACGACCACUUGGCCUCGAUGGCGAGCUCUGCCGUCGAUCUCCUGGGAUCGGGACUUCACGUGUGGCCAGACUUUCACGGGAACAGGUCGCCACUGGCUGACCCCACUUUAAAGGGCAUGGUGAUUGGACUGACUCUAUCACAGACCUUGGAUGACUUGGCUCUGCUCUAUUUAGCCACCAUUCAAGCCCUCGCUAUGGGUACGCUCCACAUUCUGGAGGCCAUGAAAGAAGCAGGCCAUGACAUCAGAACCCUCUUCCUGUGUGGAGGGUUAAGCAAAAACCCCCUGUUUGUGCAGAUCCACGCUAACGCCACAGGACUGCCCGUGGUGUUGCCGGAUCAGAUGGAGGCUGUUUUAGUGGGAGCAGCGGUUCUGGGAGCAUGUGCAUCACGGGACUACAACAACAUACAGGAGGCCAUGGAGAAGAUGGCCAAAGUGGGACGAGUUGUCCAGCCUCACCAAGAACUGGACAGCUUCUACGAAAGAAAGUACAAGGUGUUCCAGCAGAUGUUCUCCCACCAGAGGGAGUACCAGGCCCUCAUGAGCCAAAGAUGAACCAGAGGUGGCGGGAGGGAGGCUGAGCCGGAGCUGUUCUGCGAUGCGACAGGACUGAUGAGUCUGCUAUACAAAAACUAGAGCAAGCUCGAAACCCCAACUUUUGUUUAGGUCUUAAAACCACCAGACAAAUAAGGUCAGAUAAGACCUGAAGUAAUGCAGCCUUCGGGGCCCCUCGAUUUCGAGAUUGUCCC